CCCCCAUACGGUUUUCCCAGUCUCUCCUCCAUUCGACCACAUCGCGACUGUACCCAGGGGAGCGCAUUCAGUGUUAGCGUUGCAGUGGCUCCUUCCUCUGUACUCCGCUGACCUCAUUUAGCGUUUGACUUUUGAUUUUCUCCCGUCUCCCGUAUUUGGCUUUACAAGCCUUGCACUCCACCGACGCCCUCGUCGCUGUCGAUUUUGAACAGAGUCGGCGUCAUGGCUGGCAGCGAAACCGCCACCACCACCACAACGGCUGUCGCCGGCGAAACCAAGCCGUCUCCCCCAACAAAAAAUGCAUCGCCGCCUAAGCCAAACCCCCAAGGCGGCUCCUUGAGUCUGGAACCCAAUCCGUUCGAGCAGUCGUUUGGCGGCGCGCCGCCCGAGACCCCAGGUGGCACCAAGCUGCUGCCGCCCGUUGCCGCCCUGACUUCCCCGUCGUCGCUUUUGCCUGGGAGCGGCGCCACCCCAUUCAACUGGGGCGGCGGCUCGUUGCGCACCGGCCCCCUCAGCCCGGCGAUGCUAUCGGGCCCGGCCAAUGAUUACUUUAGCGACGCUCAUCAUCUGCGCGGCGGCUUCCCCACGCCGAACGAAUCGUCCCUAAGGACAGGCCUCACCCCGGGUGGUAGCGGGUCCAUGUUCCCGGCCCCCAGCCCGAACUCGUCAGCACUUUUCGCGUCGAUCGCCAGCGGAGGAGGCGCUACCCCGAGCACGUUGGACUUCCACAGGACAGCACUCAGCGCUGCCGCCGCGAAGAGAGAACCUCUGCCUCAGCCACAGGCUCAGACUCAAGGCCCAGCGCCGCCACCUCAACCCCAAGCACAAGCGCCUCCACCUCCCCCGCCACUGCAACCCCAAGCGCCGCAACAGCAGCAGACCGUCACAUCGCAACCGCAGAAUAUAGAGCAAGGAAGCUCUGUCAAGCCAGAUGCGAAGCCAUCUUCAGGCCCGUUUGAUCCUCACGAUAACGACGCGGCUAACGGGCUUUAUCUGCUGGCUCAUGGUCGCAACGGAGCACCCGCCCAGAACAACUUUCUAGUGCAGCCCCCUCAACAGCCGGUUCAUGCCCAUCCUCCCCCACUAGUGACCACCCAGUCGUCGGCAAACACAUCCCCGCAGAUGCGCACAGUCAACGGCAACGCUGCGAGACAACGAGCUGUAGGAAGCGAAGGGGCGAGCGCGGCAUCAGACGACAGUGAACAAGCCCGGCCGAGCACCCGGGGUGGCAAGGGGAAGAAGACCAACGGAAUAACGGCGCCCGCCGCUACAAACGGGAGAAGGAAGGCUGUUGAGGAGGCGCCCGCAAAACCCCCGGCGACCAAGAAGACCAAGAUGAACGCAUCGCCACCGCAGCAGUCACCGAUUGAAGAAGACUUCUCUGACGACGACGACGAUAUGAAAAUGGAUAAGGAUGGCAACACAAAGUCCAAGAUGACCGACGAGGAGAAGAGGAAGAACUUUUUGGAACGCAACCGUGUUGCUGCCUUGAAAUGCCGGCAACGGAAAAAGCAAUGGCUCGCCAACCUCCAGUCCAAAGUAGAGAUCUACAGCCAAGAAAACGACCAGUUGACGCAGCAGAUUGCGCAGCUCCGCGAAGAAGUGGUGAACCUAAAAACGCUGCUGCUGGCGCACAAGGACUGUCCCGUCACGCAGCAGCAAGGUCUCCACGGCGCUUUUAUGCAACAGCAGGCAGCCAUGGAGCCAUUUAAUGCGCAGAUGAACCCAUACGGCAUGGCAGCAUCGAUACCUAACCAGCCGGUCAUGGCCGCCGGGCAACGACGGUUCUCGUAG